AAAAUGAAAAAAGAAAUGGAUUUAAAGAGCCGUAACGGCUAGUAAAGCAAGUUCUGGCCUCUGGGAGAAUGGAUGCAGGGCAGCAAUGCCAUUCAUGGAAACUCAAUGUGCAGGCCAAGGCCAAGAACUUGGAUUUCAAAUUGGUAGCCUCCAACUUUUUACCCAAUUGCAAGUUUUUCCCAUUCUCUCUCAAGUUCAAGUACUGCAGAUUCUUGAUCCAUCUUAAAUCUGAAACACCAACCUUUCCAAAUCCCCAGAAAUCAAAAUCCUUGAAAUCGAAACUCCAUCGAUUCCUUGAAAGACUUCGUAUUCGAAGACGUUCCAAGAACAAUAGUAGAGCGAUCAGUUCCAAACCAAAGAACAAGGCAACGAUAUCUCAGAGUUCAGUGGUUGUAGGAAACCUAGCCCUCUUCAUUCAAUCUCUGUAUCAACGGGACAAAGAUGGAAUCGUUAAACUUGGUUCUAUUGUCUUUAUUUGCUUUGCUUCCAUAUUUAAGAGUUUCAUGGCAAGAAAAGCUUGGAUAUUGUUAGUUUUUGUAAUUGGUGCCAUAGUUUUUUGCUCAAAUGUGAUGCAUCUCAGAUUCAGUAGCCACUUUGAUCAUCACUGUCUGUCAAGAUUGUUUUGGAGGGCUUUCAAAAAUGCUGCCUUCUCUCAGGUGAAAACACAAAGUCCCUUCCUAUGUUACUCGUACUAUGCAAAAAUGUUGUCGCACCCAUGUUGAAUCAUCCAAAAAGUUCACUACUUUUGGAGGAUUCAACGUGUCCGGCGCCAUUUUUGAAGAUUCCAAGCGACAUACAUCCCUUCUUUUUACUUUGAUUUUUGAUGUCUUUAAUUUGUUAUGAUAAUGCAUAUGCAAUUGCUGACUUUGUGAAACAAUUCUCAGGUGCUUACUGCUAUAUUUAGAAUAAUAUGACUUUCGCAGUGUCCUAUGGGGUGGAAUUCAGAAUCAUUAAAGGGGAAACUGUUUAUUCGUUGAA